AUGAAGUGGAGUCUGCCUCACUUUAUCCUCCUCUGCCUCCCCUUCACUCAGGCCGUGCCAACAUUUGGCGCAGGACAACCUGACUUGGGGAGGAGAGAGGCACAGUUGAAUCCUCGUGCCGGUGCAGCACUUCCCGGACAGCCGAACUAUACCGCCAUCCCAAACGGUCAAAUCUGGUAUGACACCUCCGGCAAUCCCAUACAGGCCUUUGGUGGGGGGUUCCUCGAGGUGGACACUUGGUAUUAUUGGGUCGGUCAGGUGUUCAGUUCGAGCACCGGGCCGCCCUACAGUGAAGCCCUCGUCAACAUGUACAAAUCCCAGGAUCUUUUGAACUGGGCAUACGUCGGACCGGUCAUCAAUGUCUAUACUCCUGACGUGAACGGCACUCAACAAUUGACCUAUUGCCAAGUGCAACGCCCCAAGCUUCUCUACAACGCGGCAACCAGCAAGUAUGUCCUGUGGGCCCACUGGGAGAUGACUGCAAGUUUCGGCCCCUCCCAACUCUUCGUGGCAACCGCCGACGAUGUCGAAGGACCAUACACGCUCACCGCCAAAGGCCACCAUCGUCCCGGUGCCGGGAACCAAGAUCCUUCCGCCAUGGGUGACCGCGUUGGGGGGGUCACCAUUGACUACUCGUCCACCCCCAAGGACAGCAGCGUUGAAGGAUUUGCGUAUGUGCCAAACUCAGGUUCGGAUUAUCCACCAAAGGUGCAACAGUACAACGGUGUCAGCACCAGCAAUCCACAAGCAGUCAGCUACCUCUCGCAAAGCGACGGUUACGGGGAAGCCGAGAUCGAUAACUACUGGACGUACGAGUUGACGGGAAUUACGUUCAAUAUGACCUUGAAAGCGGUCUCGGUACAGAUGACGCCAUAUGAUACCUCAUUCUACGACAAGUACAGCCCGGAUUACAACAUUGAUGCCAGCAGCUAUAUUAUCCGUUAUCCCACCGCGAAUCGAUCUGAGGUAUCAACCACCGUCAUCACAAUCGGAGACCCAGGAAACCAAAGAACAGCUCUCGUUUCUCCAGUCAUUGGCCCCGGCUUGGAUGAAUCCUCCUCUGCUUCAACCGUUUUGGUGCACAGUGGUGAUGCUGCAUUCAUCACAUGCAAUACCACGAAUGCAGUCAUCUAUUACACAACGGACGGGUCCAACCCAACCAUCAAUAGUACCGAGUACUGGAGUGGGACGAGAAUUUCUAUCACGGGCUCCAAUACGACUGUCAAGGCGAUUUGUACCCUCAAUAACGCAACCAGCCCCACAGUAUCCCAGACAUACACGGUAGUCGCCAAUACGACCUCGGUUCCAAUAUUUCGGCCGAUUGUGAAUGUUCCUUCAGGUACAUACGAGCCAGAGGAUCCAACGUUUGGAUACCAGUCGGUCAAGAUAUACUGCCCAACAUACAAUACGGAGUGCUAUUAUACAACCGACGGCCUAGACCCCGAGCCUCCCAUGAAUGGCACCAACCUCGGAUAUCGGUCUCGUGAUAUGACCGUUUGGCAAGAUCCAAAGGAUGGUUCCGCGUACCUUUUCUCCGCUUCAGAUAAUGUCUACAAUCGUCUGUGGCUGCUCACCGAUGACUUCACCGACGUCGUCGCUGAUCAAGAAUACGAUACGUUCACUGCCGUAUCUCGUGAGGCACCAACAGUUGUUCGACACUACGGUGCAGCCGGUGAGUACGUAUAUCUUACCACCUCUACCCAGAGUGGUUGGAACCCAAACCAGGCGCAGUACAUCCGCACGUCAAAUUUGACGGCUGGAUUCGACCUUCCUCGCGACAGCAUCACCGGAUACCGAAAUGGAAAUUCAACCUGGUCAAGCAUGGAGCCCGUUGGUGAUCCCAGCACGUAUUUCAGCCAGCCAACCUUUAUCCUCAAUCUUGGCACAGACGCGGAUCCGGUGUACGUUUACGUUGGGGACCGAUACAAUACCAUUGCCUUUUUUGAGUCUACCUACGUCUUCAUGCCGCUCACCAUCAAUGACACUGCACCAGCGGUUACCGGCGACACGGGCACUGGACUUAUGCAUCUUCAGUAUACGCCCUCGUUGCAACUCAGCGUAGCGAACGGUUCAAUCGCCCCUUUCCCGUGGAACUUGCUCUCACUGAAUAAGCCAGUCGAAGCGACGCCGUCGGUGCAGCUGACAGCGGCUCAGAUAGCGGCUGGGACGUACAAUUUCAGUGCGCAAGCAGCGAAUGAUGGGGUUGACUACGAUGUCGGUCCGUAUGAUGACGUUGAGGAGUACUAUCAACCUACCGGGGUGCCAUUUUUUUGGCAGGUGGAUCUCGAACAGAACUACAACCUUGCUUGGAUAGGCUUGUCAUUCAUGAGUGUUGGUGGGUCGGACUGUGUCAACCGCUAUACAGUCAGUGGUAGCACCGACGAUUCCUCCUGGAUCCAACUCGUUGACAACACAGAAAACUUGAUCCCGGGUUACCAAGCGCACAUUCUAAGCGGCAGCUACCGCUAUGUCAAAAUCAAUGACUACAGCAUUUGGGAUGUUGACCACAACAAAGAAGCUGACUGGGAGGCGGGAGUCUAUGAAAUAUCAGUCUACGGCUCUGAGCCUGGGUCCGGAACUACAACCACCACCUCAACAACCUCAAGCACCACUGCGACAGCAAAGGCAACUGCCCCAACUACAACUGCUGUUUGCGAACAUAACAACUGUUUGCGUCAGUUCCUUCAGUCCACGGCCUUGGUGACAAGCUUCUGUGCUUCGUACACGAAUGCUGUGAACACUGCUACCGCAGGGCUGCCAAUCUAUGUUUCUGAAUGCCAGUCGAACCCAUCACAAAUUUCUUCUGCCUGUUCCUGCGUCGAGACUGCGACUGCAUAAGCGGAGCUCGGUAUGUCUACAGUUUAGUUCGCUCGAACAACAGUAGGACUUCUCCUCGUGUUGAUUCAGGUGGAGGAUUGGAGAAACGCAUACAGUCAUUUCUAAGGACCCAAAAAUUCUCUCUUCUUUGUC